UAUAGAUACCCUUACAGCGUUCGAUGUCAAGUGCUACAGAUCACCUACAUGGCGCGAAGGUGGGCUGCAGAUCUGUCGUCUGCGGAUGCGGAGAGAAUUGAUCAUAUUGCGAAUAUACUGCACCUCUUCCAUCACAGAAACAAGAAUCAGCAUCGACGAAGUGUGUGGUGGCGACACUUUUCACUAUUCCGCAAGCAACUCAAUCUUGUCAGACUCGAUGUCGAGAACUUGACCGAGAUGCCUAAGACACAUGUCGACAAGAGAAGAAAAAACUACUGGAGCGAGGCUCUAGUACCAAUAUGGCAGCGUGCUUUCUCACAGCUUACCGCGGAAGGUCGAUUUGCUGUCUUAGGGUUGGCACUAAUGAGCACUCUCGCUGAAGCGUGUCAUAUCUUCCAUAUCACGGCUGCUUUUGAAAGCAUUGGGCAACAGGAGGUAGAGAAGGUGCUGGAAAAGUUCGCCAACGAGGACUGGGAACGCUCGGAGAGCGAAGCGGUGGGUAGCCCAAGGCCAAUGAUGGAGGAUGUUGGUGAGGUAAUUGGUCGGGAGGUCGUUCCACUGGAUCCGAUAGCCACGAAAUUUGAGGCUACAGCGACGCUUGGACACCGCGUUGUGGGAACGCCAGGCCAGCGCCUGACGCCAAUUUCGAAUGAUGCUGUCAAAAUUCGUCGUACUCACGCAACAAUGAAACCGAAGUCUCGAGCCCGAAACGCAAUAGACGACCUGUUCAGCGAGCUAGGUUGA